GCUUGCCUGCCUGCCUGCCUCGCUCGCUUGCUCCGUGGCUGAGAGAGAGAGAGAGAGAGAGAGAGACAUCGAGAGAAAAUCCCUGUCUAGGCAUGGACCUCCAGCUGCAGCACUCGGCAGCUCGCGAGGAAUGACAACUGUUCACAUGGUCAUUAACUCCAGUCGCUGAGGCUGAAGGGAGAGCUGCACUGAAGCUCAGUGUCACAGAAGCACCGAGUGCCGUCUGUGUUCGGGACAGCAGACAGACAGAGGCACAUAGCAGAGCUACGGGACGCAGUGAAACGAGAUCACAGACAGAAAGUGCCUUGUGAGACAACAUCCCUUCCUGAAGAUCCCCGGGUGUUUCUGAAGAGCAGUCCCUCUGCAGCCGUGGCAGUACAUAGAUCAGCCGCAAACACCCUUGACCUUUUGGUUGUUCCUUACCUGUGCUCAGUGCGAAGAGGUGGAGCUACUGCGCUGCUGGCCAAGGUGCCAAAGCUCAGAGAGAGUAGGUACUGAAGACUUUUAAACAAUAGAACGCCACAAACUCUGUGUUGUCCAAAACUGUGCCAUUGCAUCUCAAAAUAGCGCCACUUUUGCUGACCAACAUCCACCUCUGAACAGAUACCAUCAGUCAUACAAAGGACAUUUUGGGGACAACCAGUAGAGCUUGGUUCCGAGCAUGCCCCCUCUGCCUUGUCAGAGGUCUGCACUUGAGACUUACUGAUUGAUGAACAAUUAGCUGUUUGACUGACACACUCCACAACAGCAGUGCAAUCCCAUGCUUCGGUCACAGAGACCUUGCCAGUCCAUUACCUCCACUCUCCUGUCCGCAAGGACAAACCUCAUCCACUGACCUGAAGCAGAUCGUUUAUAUCUACAUGUUCCAUCAGUUUUAGUUGUUGUGUGUUUGAUUUUUUUUCUACUGGAACACUCUGAAACCCCUCCUCAGAGAAUAGACUCCUUCUUAAACCAAGUGGCUCCACUCCACCCCAGCUCCACAGCCGGUGCCGCUAACAUGGCUCUAAACAUUGCCUCGAUACGGGACACAAAAUGGCUGACCCUGGAAGUGUGCCGGCAGUUUCAGAGAGGGACUUGUUCACGCAGCGAUGAGGAAUGCAAAUUUGCCCACCCACCCAAAAGCUGCCAGGUGGAGAAUGGGAGGGUUAUUGCCUGCUUUGACUCGUUAAAGGGCCGCUGCACACGAGAGAACUGCAAAUACCUCCACCCGCCCGCUCACCUGAAGACCCAGCUGGAGAUCAACGGGCGAAAUAACCUGAUCCAGCAGAAGACAGCAGCCGCCAUGUUGGCUCAACAGAUGCAGUUCAUGAUCCCCGGCACCACCAUGCAACCUGUGCAGACGUUUCCAGUCAGCCAGGGCCUGGGUUCCAGUGCGGGUUUGAGCUACACACCCUACCUGACUCCCAUGUCCCACAGCAUGGGCCUGGUGCCCACAGACAUCCUGCCCAGCACCCCCUGCAUCGUCCCCGGUAGCCCGCCUGUCUCCAUGACCGGCAGCUCCUCCUCCAACCAGAAACUGCUGCGUACCGACAAGCUGGAGGUUUGCCGCGAGUUCCAGCGCGGCAACUGCGCUCGCGGUGAGACUGACUGCCGCUUCGCCCACCCGAGCGACAGCCCCAUGAUCGACACCAGCGACAACACAGUCACCGUCUGCAUGGACUACAUCAAGAGCCGCUGCUCCCGCGAGAAGUGCAAGUACUUCCACCCCCCGGCCCACCUGCAGGCCAAGAUUAAGGCCGCCCAACACCAGGCCAACCAGACAGCUGUGGCAGCGCAAGCCGCCGCCACAGCUGCAGCCAUGACUCAGUCGACUGCCAAAGCAAUGAAGCGACCCCUCGAGGCAACUGUAGACCUGGCGUUCCCCCACGGCGUCCUCCAGCCCCUACCAAAGAGACAAGCGCUUGAGAAGAGCAACGGAGCGAGCUCCCUGUUCAACCCCAGUGUUUUGCACUACCAGCAGGCGCUGGCCAACGCACAGCUCCAGCAGCCUCAUUUCUUUCCCACAGGGUCAGUCUUGUGCAUGACUCCUGCUAGCAGUCUUGAUCAUCCUGAAAUGCUGUUAAGAUGCCAUGAUGAAGCUUAUGCUCCCCUCCCCCCUCCCCCCGUCCUGCCAACUUUUCAUCUCCGGAAACAUCUUGCCAAAGUUGCGGUUUGGAAGAGGUCAGUGGAAUCAACCUGCCAGAACACAAAGCCACAUUUUAACACCCUGAUUAAAAAAAAAUUUUUUUUCUCUUUUGCCAUUGCAAAAGCUGCUCACAAUGCACCCUUUAUUUGCUUCAGUGCUGGGUUCUUUGUUCAGGAGGAGUGGUGGGAUAGAUUGUGCAGGGAGUUUUGCAUGUAGUCGGGACUGGGGAAGACAGUGCCCAGUGUUGACAGAAGAUAGUCGUGGCCAUUACCGAAAAGCCUAAAGGCUUGGGUCUCUGCCCAGGGCUUAACAAAGCUUGAGGGCUCGUUCCAGACAAACCAAGCCUUGUGUGUGUGUGUGCAUGUGUGUUCGUAUCUGGAGACGGAUGGUCUGCCGGCAGACUGGGACUUGAAGCGAGGUCUAGCGGGUGAUGACGAUACCGGGCCUAGAAGGACAGGUUUUGGGGGGGUGGGUGAGGGACUUAAGUGCUAAGACUAAACAAACAAAAAAAAAACGGUGCAUUUGACGAUGCUCGUCAAGCAAAAGAUGACUUGAACUUCGACUGGAGGGCUAUCUGUGACCGUCGGUUGUCCUGUCCAACCCUACUAUCACCGAUAAUCCUGUUCCAUUUUAGAAAACUGUAGAAGUGCCUAAAAAAUGCUCAUCAACAACACAUGCAUCCAGAGUGUAUCACUAAAAGUCACAGACACAACACACUGGCUGUCAGAAGCUCCAUGGACUUCUCCGGAAAGACAUCACAUUUUGCGAAUCGUUACUGGAAGUAGUUUUCUAGUAACUGUUCAUUAACAUCACAAGUGACUUUAUCGAAACAAAAGAAGUUAAAGAAACGACAAAUCAAAAAUAGCUUUGUAGAAUGUUUGGUGACUUUCAUGGUGUACCAUCGUUUCUUACCAUGGUUUGAGUAGUUUACAUGAGGAACGUGAGUGAGAAAAAAAAUGUAUUGUAAACCGUGUAAUGUAUGUUAAGUGUCUCUUAUUUUGAGAGUUUAUAUUCAUGGUCCUAGAAAUGUAUUCAAAGUUAUUUAAAAUUUGUGUUGUGUCCUAUUAUCAAGGUAUGUUUGAACCCCCCCAAACCCUCCACCAUCUCCACCUUCACCCAGAACAAUCAUCUGUCUUUUAGCCCAGAUCAUAAAUUCUUAUUUUAUUAUUUUAGACCAACCCUUUCUUCUUUUUGUUUUUUUGCAUUUUAUGAAUAGCUUAUUUUAACUCAUGAUACUAAAUCUUAUUUUCCCUUUUUUCAAAAAUUCUGAUGUAAGUUCAUGGUGCUUGAUUAACAUUGACAAUCCACAAUCAUACCUAGGAACAAGAGUGCCUCACUCUGGUUUCGCAUUUUGGUUCCAUUCACUCUGAUUGUCUUCACAUACGUUAUGAUUUGUGUGUAAUAUUUGUGGAAGGUGGUAAAAGUUCUAUUUUGUUGUAAUUUAUCUUAUGUUACUCUUGGUCAAAUUUAAGUCAAAACAAUGUUGUUAACUAUUCUAUUUUGAAAUGAAUGUAAUUUAUUGAGCUGUGCUACGUUCUGCACGGUUGGUCAUUUCAAGGUCUAACCUGUCAGGUCAGCGAAUGAGAAGUCGCACAUGUCUGUGGGGUGGGGUUUUAAAAGUCAACCCACCAAUUGAAAGCUACUGGAUCUUUCUUGCCUUCUCAUCGAUAAAAAGAUCACGGUGUUGCAGUAAUGAGCAUAGUUAUAGAGUUGCUUGUGUUGUUGGGAAAAAAAUGUUUAUUGUAUAGAUGACAUUUUACCAAAAAAAAAAAGAGAAGAAAAUUUCAAAAAAGAUGUACUUUUCACUCUAGUAUAAUAGUAUUUCAUAACAAUAUUAAGUUGUUGCUGUGGCAACUGAGUGUUGCAAUUACUAAAGUUUGGUAUUUUUGUAAAUGACAUUGUUAUGUUGAUUUUCUGUUUCUUUUUGCUAGAACACUGUACACAAGGUAGAUUGUAAAGAAGAUAUGAACAUUUCUUAUUCUUCACUGAGAUUAUGACAAUGACCUAAUAUUUUCAUUAGCAAAUAACAGCCUCUAUAGUGCUGUGACUGUAACACUUAAAUAGAUUUAAAGUCAUCAAUGUUACAUAGAUUAUAUAUAAAUAUAUAUAUAAGAACUAAAUAAUCUAUAAAUUAAUAAGUUCAGAUGUACAACUCUUCCCCUGACACAGGACCUUUAGGUUCCACACUGAGACAUUUUAUUCACUAGAGUUAAGGAUUGCACUUUUCAUAUUGUUUAAGGAUGUGAUCUGUUUUUCAUUUGGUUUCGAGGUUUCUGGCCCCCUGCUAGUACAGUAAUUCUGUUUUAUCAAUCAAAAACAGAUACUACCGGUGAAUAACUUUAAUUCAACAUGUUGCAUGAGAAAACAAUAUUUUCUUUUCUUACUAAAUUAUAACGUACUGAAUGUUUCUAGUGGAAAAAAAAAAGUCUGUACACAAAAAUGUCCUCAUUUGGUGACCCACAAUGCCCUUUGUGUAUGGAAUCCUCUUGAGAUGUAAUGUUUAUUUCAAAUGUGUUGGCAAUGAUUGACUGAUGGUAAAAAGAAAAAUGUAAGCACUUUCUGAGCAGUUGGUCAACUGAGCAGACUCAGCUUAUCCAAACACUUUGCCUUAUCUUGAGUCCAUCGUGCUUAAGGUUUUAUGUUUUUAAGAGCUCUUAUGAAAUUUAUUAAAGAGGCUUGAACUUGUCUCUCAUCUCAAAUCCCUACUCAGUUUCAUUUCAAAUAUGUAUCUUUAUAUCUGAAAUCAUUUUUUAAGGUUUUAAUGUGCACAUCACAAAGCCAAAAGGGAUGACUGCAACAGAGUGUACAGUCAUUGAUCUUUACUUCUGGUCUCCAAAAUAUGUAGUGAGAUCUUUUUUUUUGUCCCAUUGCCUUACAAUGGAACAGUUUGGAGCUUGUAAUUCACAGCUUUAGCCAGCAGAUGGCGCUACACUGGAGACUGCAGGUUAUGAAUGGUGACUGCCUGUGCCAUCGUUGUUGCAGUGUACCCAACCAACAAAGUAAAGACACAGAAAAAUAAAUUGUCAAGAAGACCCUCAUCAGAUUUAUAGUUUCAAUGUAAUCAUUUUUAAGUGUAUUCUUUUUGCAUAUAUUUUGUGCUAUUUUAUGUUUCUAUAGUCAAAUGUUUCUUUGGUUCCAGCAAGAUAGUGUAAAAUCUAUUGAAAGAAAGAAAUAAAGAAAAUCUAAGGAA